UAUGGAAUAAAUCGUCUGCUGAUCCAUGGUGAGCAGACACAUAUGUACAUUAGCGAAAUAACCCGUUGCGCUGAGUUCAAAAAUAACACACGGACGGCUUACUGGGUAACACGUGCUCUCUAUUUAUCCGACAUAUCAACACUUCAUCCGCGAGUAUGCAAUCUUACUUUGGCAUUGACACUACGGCCACUCUACCACCACAAUUGACGCCGCCAGCAUCCCCGCCUGACGAUAAUCAUACGACAGUUCCGAAGCAACCAUCUCAACCACCAACUACAACCAUACCAAAACAAGAAACUCCAAAACCAACAUCAACAAACGCCGAAGAAACCCGAGAAACAACACUCCAGCCAUUAACGCAGGACCCGACAAAGGAAUCGCUGAUCGAGCCAUUAUCGAAUUUCCGGUACGACCCAGUACCACCGCCAUAUGGCAGACGCCUUCCGCACCGGGCCAAUCUCAAGCAGAUGGGGAACGACCGACAAACAAUUUCCACACCACGCAAGCUUCGGACACAAGAGGGCUCUAUUUCAGAUACGAUUUUACUGUUUUUACAUUUCAACAUGAAACGUUAUGAGUUUGUAGGAAUCAAUCGAAAGAUGAAGCAUGCGCAAGAACCAUAA